AUGGUGGGGGAAAGGGGUCUCAUUGGAAGCUGGGACUCCGCCUACUACACUAACCCCUUCGACCCGUGCAACCUGUGCCACAAGAGCAGGAUCAGGAUGGGAUUCAAGGAGACAGACUUACCAAGUAGUCAACAAACUGGCAGCAUCCUUUCCACCAUCCUCACUUUCUGCUGCGGCGGUAGUGACCCUUUGCUGACAUUGUCUGCCUACCUCAAUUGCUUAACCAGGCUGACGCCGAGUACCACCGGGGAGCUGGUCUCGUACUUCCACAAUUUUGGUGUCGAGUUGCACGGUUAUGCUUUGAAGUCGUUGUCUCCACUGGGCAUCUCUCUUUCCAAUUCACACCCCAACUGCCCCGACUGGGACCGUCUUGAUGGCACCGACCUCAAAGAUCUCCGUGGCAUCCGUGGUUCCGAGUCUCUCAACUCAACGCAUGACCAUCUGAAGAGUCCACAUAAGCAAUUUGGAGACAACUUGGGUCAUUUACAUCGCCAUCCACAAUUGUUGCCAACUAUCUACCAUUCGCAUGCCCUCUACCCCCUCGUCUUUGACUACACGAUUUUUCACUUCUUGAAUGUUCUGCCAUGUUCCCAAAAGUUUCGACUCCCAAGGCGUCCUACUUCAUUCACGUCACGACAAUACUCGUUCACUGGAAGAGGAUACUCCUACCUUGCUACGACAUCGACUGCUUCAAUGACCCCAUGGGCAAACAUUGUUACAUCGUAA